CAACACUCUCUUUCACAAGCUGCCUUCGUCCUAUCACAACAACAUUACAUUGAUUCCGUCUUCCUCAUCACUGCUUCGAUAGCUGCUCGCGCACACGCCAACCAUGGCCGGUGGAGGUUUCGCCAGCGCCGCCUCGGGCGGCGAAUUUGAGGCCAAAAUCACUCCCAUAGUUAUUAUUUCCUGUAUCAUGGCUGCCACCGGUGGUCUUAUGUUCGGUUACGACGUCGGUGUUUCAGGUGGUGUGACGUCUAUGCCACCAUUCUUGAAGAAGUUUUUUCCGACCGUGUACAAAAAGACGGUGCAAGAGAAAGGUUUGGAUAGCAAUUACUGCAAAUACGACAACCAAGGAUUGCAGCUAUUCACCUCGUCUCUGUAUCUGGCUGGUUUGACUGCAACGUUCUUCGCUUCCUACACGACUCGUAGGUUGGGAAGAAGGCUAACUAUGCUCAUCGCUGGAUUCUUCUUCAUCUGUGGAGUUGUCCUUAAUGCCGCCGCUCAAGACCUUGCUAUGCUCAUUGUUGGUAGGAUCCUUCUUGGCUGUGGAGUUGGUUUUGCUAAUCAGGCCGUGCCGGUGUUCCUCUCAGAGAUCGCACCUCCAAGAAUACGAGGAGCAUUGAACAUACUGUAUUAUUGUGUGGUGACAUGGAACAACAGAAUCAAAGGUGGGUGGGGUUGGAGGCUAUCUCUGGGGUUGGCCGGAAUCCCAGCACUUAUGCUGACCGUAGGAGCCUUGCUGGUGGUGGACACCCCCAACAGUCUCAUUGAACGUGGCCGUUUGGAUGAAGGAAAAGCUGUGCUAAGAAAGAUUCGUGGCACCGACAACGUUGAACCUGAGUUUCUGGAGCUCGUUGAGGCAAGUCGUGUCGCCAAAGAGGUCAAACACCCUUUCAGGAAUCUCCUCAAACGCAGAAACAGACCACAGAUUGUGAUCUCCAUUGCGCUCCAGGUAUUCCAACAAUUCACGGGCAUCAACGCAAUCAUGUUUUAUGCUCCGGUGCUGUUCAACACGUUAGGAUUCGGGAGCGAUGCAUCCCUGUAUUCCGCCGUGAUAACUGGAGCUGUUAACGUGCUCUCCACCGUUGUUUCUAUCUACUCGGUGGACAAACUGGGACGUCGUCUUCUCUUGCUGGAAGCUGGUGUGCAGAUGUUUUUGUCUCAAGUGGCGAUAGCCAUCAUAUUGGGAAUAAAGGUGAAGGACGAUUCGAACGACCUUUCGAAAGUUUAUGCAGUGGUGGUGGUUGUGUUGGUGUGCACUUUCGUGUCUUCUUUUGCAUGGUCUUGGGGUCCUCUUGGGUGGCUUAUCCCCAGUGAGACUUUCCCGUUGGAGACUCGUUCCGCCGGACAGAGUGUCACCGUUUGCGUCAACUUGCUCUUCACCUUCGUCAUUGCGCAAGCCUUCCUCUCUAUGCUCUGCCACUUCAAGUUCGGCAUCUUCUUGUUCUUCUCUGGCUGGGUCUUUAUCAUGUCUGUCUUCGUGCUUUUCUUGUUACCCGAGACAAAGAAUAUCCCCAUCGAAGAGAUGACUGAGAGAGUGUGGAAACAACACUGGUUCUGGAAGAGGUUCAUCGAUGAUGAUGACAAAGCCGCCAAUAUCUCUAAUGGAUUUGAUCCAUCCUCUGUUUUGUAGAUUACAUCAUUUUAGGAUAUAGAGAAUCAAUCUUUCCUUGUUACAGCUAAUAAGCUAGUUUUUUUUUUGAUUUUUUUUUUAUUUCCCCUUCAAACUCCUGCAACUUUGUAGUUGUUCCUGUUUUCAAGCUAUAUAUAUAUAUAUAACAGUAUAGUUUAUUCUUC